UCGUCAUCACAAAAACAUGAACUCCAUGAACAUUUCCCCCACAAAAACACAUUCACACUUCGCAUUUCCGACACAAAAUUCUCAGACAAUCUAAGAUUCCGACCUCUCAACGAAAAUGGUGCUCGGAUUAAGAUCCAAGAGUCGAAAAGACAACGGGAUCUUCGUCGAAUAUCUGAUCUCGAUCAAGGAGCUCAAGCCAUGGCCGAACAACCUCGUCCCCGCACAAUGCGUCCUCCUCAAAUGGGCAAAUGCCGAAACCAGCAACGGAUCAUUCAUCGCAGUUGUCGGAAACGAAACCAUAAUGUUCAACGAGUCCUUUACGCUCACACUGGUCUUGGACCAAAAGGGUCAAGACAAAUUCCACAAAAAUCUCCUGGAAUUCAACGUUUUCGAUGCUCGUAAGGACAAGAACACCGACAAGAACAAGUUUCUCGGAUCUGCGGUCGUGAACCUUGCGGAACACGGCAUCGUCCGAGGCUGCGUUCCGGUCGGAGUCCCGUUUAGCUUCAAGAAGAAUUCGAGGAACGAUUCGAAUUCGGUUCUUUAUCUUACGAUCGAACCAGUGGUGAACGGAUUCGGGGACGAGAAUGACGAGAGGAACAGUAGCUGCUCUUCCCCGAAGACGAGCUUUUCGAGACCGUCCAUGGAGUUGGACGUGUCGUGUACGGACGACGACGACGGUUCCUCGUCUCAGUCGUCGCGUAGAGUUUCCUUCUCUGCCACUAAUGAUUAUAUCAAUGAUAAUAAUGAUAAUAAUAAACUGAUCUCCAUGGGACAAAAUCAUCCGUUGCAGAACACAAGCCAAGAAGGAAAUGGCGAGGAGAAGAAAGGCUGGAAACACAUUACGCUUAAACACAGCACGAACGAAGCGACGCUCGUCUCCGAGAUCGAGAAUCUAUUGAGAGAGGAAGAACGGAAGCGCGUGAGCAACCAAACGACGCCAAAACCUCUCGCGAGAUCGCAAACCGAGAAAAGAAACGAUGAUGCCGUUGCAAUUGAAACAAAUAAACCAUUCCCCGAGCUCAAACCGCUCGCUUCGUUACCCCCCGAGGCCGUGAGGAAACAAAUGAAACUGCGGACGAACACUCUCGCCCUCGGGCGAAAGACUCUGGGAAUGGAAGGUGUUCCGAGGCUUAAGCAACUGAAAUCUAUUCAAUUGCAUUUCGAUACCGAUGAAAUCCGAAAGAAGAUGACGAUGAAAGGAUCGUCUGAUAAGGUCAGUGUCGCGAAGGAGUCUAAAACCGAGAUUUUAGAGGAAGAACUGAGGGAAACCGCGGCUCUUGAAGCCGCCAUUUACUCUAUAAAUCCCGAGCAUAGCAGAUCCCAGAGCAAAGUUCAUGCCCCGGCUCGUCGCCUUUCUAGAUUCUAUCUUCAUGCUUGCAAAGCGAGCUCGAAUUCUAAACGAGCAAGCGCCGCAAGAGCUGUUGUUUCUGGAUUAGUUUUAGUUUCCAAAGCUUGCGGAAACGAUGUCCCGAGGUUAACCUUCUGGUUAUCGAAUGCAAUCAUGUUGAGAACAAUUGUUGGUCAGGGCGUCCAGAAAAUGAACCUUUCUUCCGGGGAUGACGCUCCUCUUGGCGAGAAAAAGCUCGAGUAUUUUCUCGAGAAAGAUGAAUGGGCGGACCCUCGUGCCUUCCUCGCUGCAUUGGAGAGGUUUGAAGCUUGGAUCUUUCCCCGGAUCGUUAAGUCGGUAUGGUGGCAGAGUUUCACACCGCAUAUGCAAUCUGCAUGUACAACCAGAGGCUCGAUCUCGAGGAAAAGCUCGGGGAAAAGAAGGUCAGGUCACAAGAACCACGGACGGUAUUCUAUCGAGCUGUGGAAGAACGCCUUCAGAGCAGCGUGCGAGAGGCUAUGUCCUCUACGAGGCACAAGACAAGAAUGCGGUUGCUUACCUAUGCUCGCUAAACUGGUAAUGGAGCAAUUAAUCAGCAGACUGGAUGUAGCAAUGUUCAAUGCAAUACUCCGAGAAUCACCAGAGGAAAUGCCGACAGAUCCCGUGUCCGAUCCCAUCAGCGACAUAAACGUUCUUCCGGUUCCAGCAGGAAAAGCGAGUUUUGGGGCGGGCGCCCAGCUGAAAAACUCGACAGGAACAUGGUCCAGAUGGCUUGCAGAUCAAUUCGACAGAAAGGAUGAUUCUGCCAGUAGAAAGGACGAAAACCCGGAAUGCGAAAGCUUCAGAUUGUUCCAUCUACUCAAUGCAUUGGGUGAUCUCAUGAUGCUUCCAUUCAAAAUGCUUGCGGACAAAUCCACAAGAAGAGAAGUGUGCCCUUCGCUCGGUCCGCUGAUUAUAAAGAGAGUUCUCCGCAACUUCGUCCCUGAUGAGUUUAACCCCCACAGAAUCCCGAGACGCCUUUUCGAUAUUCUGAACUCUGAGGUGAAAAUCUCUGACCUGAAAUCUUCAGCCCUUUUUCCUCUGCUAUUUCCGUUGAAUCCACUGACCGAAUCUGCUGUUUUCUCGGCUCUUUCUUUUCUUCAGGACUCAGCCGAGGCAGGCAACGGAUGUAUCACGAGCUUCCCUUGCGCUGCAUCACCUACAUUCUACUCAACGCCAACCGAAGAUUUGAUAAAAAGCUUCAUAGGAGAGUUCAGCAAACCUUCUCUUUCAAGAAACGGGUCAUCGGUAUUCAAGAAGCAGUACACGAGCGAUGAUGAGCUGGACGACUUGGAUACAGCCAUUAACUCGAUAAUCUCUGCUGCUGCAACGAAUAAUGCAUCGGAAUGGUUGCCAAAGGGAUAUGGACACAAAAAGGCCAUACGGUACCAACUCCUAAGAGAAGCAUGGAGAGAUGAUGCAAUAUAAAAAUGACCCUUCUCCCAUUGCUUGCUCUUAGUAUUGAUUCGCAUCUCAGAUGUCUGAUUUCUACUUUCG